AGUCCGACCUGUUUUGUGAACCGAUUCAACUGAUUGAAAAGAUCCGACUCAAAUGAACGAUUCGAUCACGAAUCGGACAUCGCACUGCAGAAGCGCACAGAUAGAGAAAGAGAGAGAGCUGCAGGAAAAGGGAACAUCACGCACGGGGUGUCGUUGUGAAAGCAGUUGUUCCUCCACGUCCAGACAUCCAUAAAAACUUAUUUUUUACGCGUUAUUUUCAACGGGAUUCGUCGCACUACCCGAGCGUAUUAAAUACCGCGUGAAACGGUGGUUUCCUGCACGGGGGAUUUAAUGGGAGUCUUGCAUCGAUAAAGCACUUCUCCCCCCCUUGACGGACCUUCGCUCGAACCGAACCGGACUCGGGCGCUGUCCUCACCGGGGGGUAUCCGAUCUCAGUUAUAUUUUAACUGCGAAAACAACACUCCGGAGUCCGAAUAUGGCAGGAAAUCUGAAGAAAGGUGGGGGGCUUAUUGGCAUGAUGAAGGACGCUUUUCAGCCUCACCAUCACCUCCACCACUCCCAUCACCAGCCCGGGGCCGUGGACAAAAAGACGGUGGAGAAAUGCUGGAAAUUCAUGGAUAAGGUGGUACGGUUAUGCCAGAACCCCAAGCUGGCCUUGAAGAACAGUCCUCCCUACAUCCUGGACCUGUUGCCAGACACUUACCAGCAUCUCCGCACUAUCCUGUCCCGCUAUGAAGGCAAGAUGGAAACGCUGGGCGACAACGAGUAUUUUCGCGUUUUCAUGGAGAACUUGACCAAGAAGACCAAACAGACCAUAAGCCUGUUCAAAGACGGCAAAGAGCGAAUGUUCGAGGAGAACUCUCAGCCCAGACGGAACCUGACGAAAUUGUCGCUGAUAUUCAGUCACAUGCUCGCGGAGCUCAAAGCCAUCUUUCCCAACGGCCUGUUUCAAGGGGAUAACUUCAGAAUCACCAAAGCGGACGCCGCAGAGUUCUGGAGAAGAUCGUUCGGGGAUAAGACCAUCGUGCCUUGGAAGGUGUUCCGGCAGGCCCUGCAUGAGUUUCACCCCAUCAGCUCGGGCCUAGAGGCCAUGGCGCUAAAAUCCACCAUUGACCUCACCUGCAACGACUACAUCUCCGUCUUUGAGUUUGACAUCUUCACCAGGCUUUUCCAGCCAUGGUCGUCACUGCUAAGAAACUGGAACAGCCUGGCUGUGACUCAUCCAGGGUACAUGGCCUUUCUUACCUAUGAUGAAGUUAAAGCUCGUCUGCAAAAAUUCAUCCACAAGCCCGGCAGCUAUAUCUUCAGACUGAGCUGUACGCGACUCGGCCAGUGGGCUAUCGGUUACGUCACAGCUGAUGGGAACAUCUUGCAGACCAUUCCUCAUAACAAACCCCUCUUCCAGGCCCUCAUCGAUGGCUUUAGGGAAGGAUUCUACCUUUUCCCCGAUGGCCGCACUCAGAACCCUGACCUCACAGGGCUGUGUGAGCCCUCGCCUCAAGACCAUAUCAAAGUCACACAGGAGCAAUAUGAGCUCUACUGUGAGAUGGGCUCUACCUUCCAGCUGUGUAAGAUAUGUGCUGAGAAUGACAAGGAUGUGAAGAUUGAGCCCUGCGGCCACCUCAUGUGCACUUCCUGUCUUACAGCCUGGCAGGAAUCAGAAGGUCAGGGUUGCCCGUUCUGCCGCUGUGAAAUUAAGGGCACCGAGCCCAUCGUUGUUGACCCCUUUGAUCCCAAGGACCCCAAUAGCGGAGGCUCCUACGGAGGCUGCAGGGGCACGUAUGGAGCCGAGGGAGCCCCUUCGCCCAGCUACGACGAUGACGAUGAUGAUCGUUUGGAGGACUCACCUUUCAUGAUUAGCAAGCUGGUCGGUUCUAAAGUGGAGAGGCCACCCUCACCGCUGUCAAUCGCCCCUCAGGCAGUCGUUCCCCCAGUACCUCCUCGGCUGGAUCUGCUUCCUCUCAGACCCACCAACCCUCCCGGGGCCUCUAGUCCAGGGGCCACAUCCAAGGCCCCAUCCCAUCACAAGGACAAGCCAUUACCGCUGCCCCCGACUCUAAGGGACCUGCCGCCGCCUCCUCCCCCAGACCGACCUCCACCUACCGGCUCUGACAACCGGCUCCCGAGACGCCCUCUUCCCAGUACGCCCGGAGAACCUUCUCGGGACAAACUGCCUCCUGCCCCUCCUAACCGCAACAUGCCGGACUGGAACUCCCGGCCCGUACCCAAAGCCCCAUCACAGCCACCAGCAAGCGGAGACUCCCGUGGAUCUCGAGAACUCUCUAACCGACACUCUCUGCCUCUCCAACUUCCUUCCACGCUCGACGCCAGAGCCGAAGGCCCUCGAAACAAUGGUCCCCCCAGCCUCGACCACCAGCUGAGUUUUGUAUCAUCCAGUUCUGGGUCGGAGUACGACAGCCCAAAAGUAAAGCCAUCUGCUUCGGCUAAUGCCAUCUAUUCUUUGGCAAUCAGGCCUCUCCCAGCAGUUAAGGCUCAGACAGGGGAGGACGCCUCUGAGAACGAUGAGGAGUCGGAGUACAUGACUCCAUCUUCUCGACCAGUGCUGCCCUCUGCUGCGGGGGAGGCUGUGCCCAGGCCACCUCUUCCACUUUCUCUCAGUCCCAGUGUACUCACUGAAAUGGAGUCAGAAAGCCCACAGAUGUAUGAAGCCAUGUACAAUAUCCAAGCCCAGGCCCUCACCACCUCUGGACCACAGCAGGCCAGAGACUCAGAUUACUCUGAAUUGCCUCCUUUGACCUGCACUAAUGGCCUGAGGGAUCCUAUUGGUGCAUGUGGUGAGGAGGAGGAGGAGAACAGCUAUGACUACCCCAAGCCCCAUCUACCUGCCAAUCUAGCCCGACGCACGCUUUCAGAUAUUAACCCCACAUCCUCAGCCUUCAGCCGCCUUUCCAUAGACAGUGAGCUUGGCGCAGCAUCAACAGUCCUGGACCCCUCCGAAGCCCCCGAGCGGCCUCCUAAGCCUCUUCCUCGUCGCAUCAACUCCGAUCGCAGGCCCAGCCCGGUUCCCCCCGGAGCGAGUCCAGGGCCCAGCCAGCAGAUCAGCAGCGAGAUUGAGCACCUCUUGAGCCAGGGCUACUCCCAUCAGGACAUCCAAAAAGCCCUUAUGAUUGCACAGAACAAUAUUGAGAUGGCCAAGAACAUCCUGAGAGAGUUUGUGUCCAUCCCUUCUACUGCACAUAUCUUAACAUAACGAAACUUCUCUGAACGCCCAGUCUCGGCCCGGCCACACUCAUCUCGCAUUCAUCUCGGACUCCAGAAGAGAGGAGCGCAUACUUGCGUACUCUAGCUCUAGUGAUGACGAGAGCCCUUUCUCCGUAACGCUUCUCGGAAGAGUGAGGGGUUCUUUGCGACCGCUUCUUCAGCCUGAAGGCAACACGUGUCCCCUGAGGCUUAACGAGGACAAAAACAAAAAAAGACAAAAACUUGUAUGUGUUUAUAUAUGAUUUAAUAUAUAAAUCAGAAUAUUGAGUAUAGUUAAUAUAUACACGUAUGUUGGAGAGGGUCAGGGUUUGCUGCAGAGAUCAGGGUGUGUGAAGUAUUAGGCCUCGGAGUUCGGAUAGCUAAAGGGAGUUCAGUUAAACAGCAGACUGCAGCCGAGCAUUUUCUUUUGUGAAAAAAUGGCCUUUACUUGUGUCGCUUCGGUACAUUUUUGUUUUCGAGUGUGUAAUUUUCAUUUCCGUCUGUCUAGUAGCAUGCCGUACGUGUCGGUCCCCACAGCGCAGCUGCCCAUUUCAGAGAUACCGGUCAGCCCAAAGCAACCCGUUCUCCGCCUGACCUUGACCUCCAGGGUACUGUGUGAACAAUUUUUUUUUUUUUAAGGUGCGUGGUGGCGGCUGGCAUCGGAAAUGGGCUCUCCGUCAGCCUUGAUACAUCUGUGUAGCAUUACUGUAACUGUACUGUACCAUGAAUUUCACUUCUCAAAUGUUUAAGGACAGCCAGUCCUUCAGAUUCCCAGUAGGAACAUGCUGAUGAAGGGUACACGCAUCUGAUGUCAGGGGACAUGUAACCUUGUUUGCUCUAAUCUGAAUGUGUCAUUAAUAUGGUGGUCUCCGACAGACUUUUGUGAAGUAGUGUGUUUACUAAAGAUAGUGUUUUCUAACAGAUUAUGGGGCGACAGGUUGGACACAAAGUGAAUCCGCUUAAUCAUAAAAAAAAAGAAGUAUUUGCUUAUAAAGGUCCAAAGCCUGGCCAAGUUUCUGUAUUCGGUGGGGACUAAAAUCACUCUUGGGGAGCUUUGGACUUUUGUAUGAAGCUGUUCAUCUUAGAAACCAUUUCAUUUGAUCACCUUAAUAUAUUGUUAUUAUUAAUGUUAUUAUUAUUAUUAUUAUUAUUAUUAUUAUUUGAUUUAUUGUUAUUAAUACAGAAGUGCUUUACUGCUGCUAUUAUUGUUAGUGCUAAACAAUUAAGCCUUAAAUGUACAUUUGUGAAUACUGUGUUUAACCCAUUUUAAAGUGACAGUAUCGGUUGUGUGUAAUUUGGUAAUGUAGCAUACUUGAAAUCAGAAGCAACUUGCGCAGGUGUGAGCCCUGCUGGGGGUUUUCCCCCAGUCUGUGUGUAUGUGUGUGUUUGUGCGCGCAUGGGACGUCUGUUUUCAUCCAGGUACGUUGCGGUUUGCUUGAAAUACAUGCGUUUAUCGAAAUGGUGAAAUGUGUCACGGGGCUCAUCGCGGAAGGCCUUAUGUUCUUUUCUUGUCCUACGAGGCUUUGGUGUUUACCCUGUCAGCGAUCGGAUCGAUCUUUCAGUGGCAGCCCUUUUCAAGCCAUGAUCGCAGUGCCCAUAGUCCGCCUGCUGUUAGGGAGAAGGUUCUUCCCAAUCUCCCCUUUGUACUCAGGAAUAUAGUACAUUUGAACAGAAUCUACAUUAGUGACUCCGUACUUUUAAACCAGUGCAAGUCUGUCUCGUAUAAUCAGGGUUAAAACAAUUCUAGACUACUUCAAAGUCACUCUCAAUGACAUCGGCAUCGUUUACUAACUCUCAUGUUUUUUUCCCCCUCUGUGACUGUUUUUUGUUCAUACAAUGAAAGUCAGUGGGGUCUAAAAUGAAAUUGGUCCCCAUUGACUUUCAUUGUAUGGACAAAAAGCACUUCUUAUACAGGUUUGGAAUGACAUGAGGCUGAGUAAAUGAUGUAAUUUUAAUUUUUGGGUGAAUCAUCCCUUUCAUUUUUCAAGUUAUUGCACCAGCACAUUUGAAUGCACUAGUAAUCCAUUAAAGUGAGUCUGAGUCUCUCAUGUGGGACUCAAGGACUCUUGAUUGAUGUCACCGACAUCAAAACUGGCCCAGUUUAUUCCCUACUAGCCCCUAGUGUUUUUGAGAGUGUUGCACUGGGAUUGCAGGUACUUCCACGUCUCAGUCUUGUAGGUACACACACAACCUUGAGAGCUUACGAUCAGGCGAGCUGUUUAUUUACGUUGUAGGCUGAUAACUCUUUGUAGUUUCUGUUGCCUUGAAGCAUAUGAUGGUUUAAUACUGAUUUUUUUUUUUUUUUUUUUACCGCACCAUAUGAAGUCUAGAGAUGAGAAGGUGAUACACUUUUCUUUUUUUUUUCUUUUUUUUUAUCAUUUCAUUUUACUGUACUACUAUUUCUUGAUAUUGGUGUGUGAUGGACGUGUGUGAGUUUGUGUGUACAAUAUUUGGCACAGUGUACCAAUUUGUGCUAUGAUACUGUCACUUUAAAAGCAAAAGCGUGUAAAGUUACUUAUACAUAGAAUACGUGGAAAUGGCAAUGUUUUAUUUCAUUUUGCAUUCCUGUACAUGUCAGAAUUUUAUUUUUGUUUACUGAUGUGAAUAUUACUGUGAGCAGUGCCAUAUGUUUAGAUGUCUGUAAUUUUGUUCUGCUACCCAGAAAAAGGCCUUGUUAAAGUGUAAAGAGUGAAUGAUAUCCCUCAUGAUUUUUUUGGAAAACGUUUCCAUUGUCGCUUCUUUGGCUUGGUCAGUGACAUCAUAGUGAAUAUCUGUCCGUUUACUAGAAUGUCUCGAAUCAGACCACAAGAGGGAGCUCUCUCCUCAUUUUGCCAUAACUUGCCUGAGUAUUUCAGGGUUUCUUUCUUUUGUGCUAAUUCUCAUAUCACUUUGGAAGUAUGCACAGCGCUAUACUGUUAAUUAAAACAAUAGAACAAA